GAAGCUUCAUUAGUCGUCAGAGGGAGGCAAGGCUGUGACUCAUGCUUGCGUGAAGAGACCAAUGGGCAGCCGGAGUCUGAGAUAUAAAUAACGAAUAAAAAAUAUUCUUGAGGGAGAAAAGGGUCACUUGCGCGCCGCUGGAUGGGAUUGUAUUAGUGCGCUCUGUUGGUAUACCGUCAUCACUGGACUGUUGCUUGUCGUGCCUUUGGGUGGUAAUUGUAACAUCUAGCUUUAGUUUUCUCUGGACUCGGCAACCUGUGCGCUCCUGAGCCGUUGAAUUAUUUCCCAGCUGGAGAUCAGAUAACAGAGAACUGAUGGCCACGUCUGAACCGAGAACCUCUGGCGGGGACCAGGACCCCAACUCCGCCAAUUUAAGACCUCCAUCCACAACCAACGAAUAUGCGUGGAUGCACGGAUGCACACGGAAGCUGGGGAUGAAGAUUUGUGGGUUCCUGCAGAAGAACAACAGUCUGGACGAGAAAGGGAGGCUCGCGGGCCAGAAGAACCUGCUCUCGUGUGACAACAGUGACAGGGACGCGCGCUUCCGCCUCACCGAGACCGACUUCUCCAACCUGUUCGCCAGAGACCUGCUGCCAGCCAAAAAUGGAGAGGAGCCCACCAUUCAGUUUUUGUUGGAGAUGGUCGACAUCCUCACCACCUACGUCAAGAAGACUUUCGACCGCUCCACCAAGGUGCUGGACUUCCACCACCCUCACCAGCUCCUGGAGGGCAUGGAGGGCUUCAACCUGGAGCUGUCCGACCAGCCCGAAUCCCUGGAGCAGAUCCUGGUGGACUGCAGGGACACGCUCAAAUAUGGCGUCCGGACAGGUCACCCACGAUUCUUCAACCAGCUGUCUUCUGGUCUGGACAUCAUCGGUCUGGCCGGGGAGUGGCUCACCUCCACUGCUAACACCAACAUGUUCACCUAUGAGAUCGCUCCAGUGUUUGUGUUGAUGGAGCAGCUGACUCUGAAGAAAAUGAGAGAGAUGAUUGGUUGGCCCAAUGGAGAGGGGGAUGGACUCUUUUCACCAGGGGGCGCUAUUUCCAACAUGUACAGUGUGAUGAUCGCACGGUACAAGUAUUUCCCCGAGGUCAAGACCAAGGGCAUGUGUGCUGCUCCUCGCCUUGUCCUCUUCACAUCUGAACACAGUCACUACUCCAUAAAGAAGGCUGGAGCUGCUCUGGGUUUUGGCUCUGAGAAUGUGAUCCUGCUGAGCACAGACGAGAGGGGGAGAGUCAUUCCUGCAGAUCUGGAGGCCAAGAUCCUUGAUGCUAAACAGAAGGGCUAUGUGCCAUUGUUUGUGAAUGCCACGGCUGGUUCGACAGUGUACGGAGCAUUCGACCCCAUCAAUGAGAUCGCUGACAUCUGUGAGAAGUACAACUUGUGGCUCCAUGUUGAUGGGGCGUGGGGUGGUGGACUCCUGAUGUCCAGGAAGCAUCGCCAUAAGCUUAAUGGAGUUGAGAGGGCCAACUCUGUCACAUGGAACCCGCACAAGAUGAUGGGCGUGCCUCUGCAGUGCUCUGCAAUCCUGGUCAAAGAGAAGGGAAUCCUGGCAGGAUGUAACUCCAUGUGUGCUGGCUACCUGUUCCAACCAGACAAACAGUACGACACCAACUACGACACAGGGGACAAAGCAAUCCAGUGUGGCCGACACGUCGACAUCUUUAAGUUCUGGCUCAUGUGGAAGGCCAAGGGCACCAUAGGUUUUGAGCAGCACAUUGACAGGUGUUUGGACCUGUCUCAGUACCUGUACAACAAGAUCAAGAACAGGGAGGGAUAUCAGAUGGUGUUUGAUGGAGUGCCCCAGCACACCAAUGUCUGCUUCUGGUACAUCCCACCCAGCCUGAGAGGCAUGCCUGACGGUGAGGAGCGGCGAGAAAAGCUCCAUAGGGUGGCACCAAAGAUUAAGGCCAUGAUGAUGGAGUCAGGGACCACCAUGGUGGGCUACCAGCCUCAGGGCAAAAAUGUCAACUUCUUCCGCAUGGUCGUCUCCAACCUUGCUGUCACCCAGUCCGACAUCGACUUCCUCAUCGAUGAGAUUGAGAGGCUGGGUCAAGACCUGUAGACCUCUCAGCCGUCACUGCUGUAGUGGCCAGUAGUGCAGUCUUCUGUCCGUUGUAAUUCCAAGGCAAACGCCGCUGAGGUGAAACAUUCACAGCGCCGCAGACAGAAUAAUGAUAAGACAUGUUUUAGGUUCUUUCUAUCCAGUCUUUCUUUGUCUGAAGCGCUCUGACUGUUUCUCCAAGCGAUGAGAAGCUAGCAAUGAGAAAGACUUUGAGUGUCUUACUCGCUCGUCCCACAUAGUUCCUCCUCUAGACAAAAUAUAUAAGUACUAAGUAUCUGAAGGCUCCGGGUACAACAAACAUGCUCUAAUGUGGAUUCUAGUAAUGUGUGUGUGUGUGUGUGUGUGUGUGUGUGUGUGUGUGUGUGUGUGUUGUCAAACACUGCAAGGCAGAAAAGCACAGAUGAAAAUAUAACAAACUAUCAUAAAAAUAUUCCGCUGUAUCAUGCAUUUGCUACGCAAAGUUGAAUCAUUGGUGCUUUCAGCUGUGCAUAUGUUUAAUCUCAGUGCACCGACCUAAACCAGUGUCCGUGCCCCUGAAGCAGUGUGUGUGUGUGUGUGUGCAGGUGUGCAUGUGGCACAUUUGACUGUAUCCUGUAAUGUAUUUUAAGCUCGCAUUGUGUUAAAAAAAUAAGCUUAUUAUGACCUAAUGUGCACACCAUGGUACUAAGCGUGUUAAGCUGAGAGGUUUUAGAUAACCUCCAGCAACUGAUAUGCGGUCUGCUAUAUUUUCACUCGUAGAAGUUUAAGAUUAAGAUUUAAAAUGUCUACAGCUAUCCCAAGUCUGUGACAACUGUUAACUUGUAAAACGCUGGCUCGUUGUCUGUAUUCAUGCAAUCAUGUGGUACCCAUAUGUGUUUAUAGCAUUGUUUAAAUAUUACUAUUUGAUUAUAUAAGAACUCAUAUUUAUUGCAUUUCCACUGUUUGCAGAUUCAGGUAUUUUAUUGUAAAUGUAUCUUUAUGUGUAUUACAUGGUAAUACACUUGUAUGUGUAAUCACAGGAACUACAGUAAAGUUUAUUUAUAGUGAUUUUGUGAGCCAAAGAAAGCUAAUCGGGAACAGAGCAAUCCAUUGUCCUUCAUAUAGAACUUCUUAUAGAUUAUAGGUGUUUGUAAAAGGUUGUCUACUGUAUUAUUGAACCUUGACUGCGAUGCAAUUUCUAUAGUGUGUUUCUUUCUGUGAUUGUGAGUCUUUUUGACCGAAUGUUUUGAGAUGACUGACAGGCCUUCUGACGAGAUUAAGAAUGACGUCUAUAUAAUCCUCUGGCAGUUGUGCCAGUCUUUUAUUUUAGAGAAUAGCACAAGGAUGUGAGAAUGUACUCUCCUCUUGAGACUGGGAAGAAAGUAUCGUUGUAUCUGUCUGAAUCCUAAUGCAUUUACUGUAAUAUAGUAUAUAUUAAUUGUAAUACAUAUUACCUGUAUUCUCAGUGUCAUGGGAACUCAAUGGAAUAUCUUGUGUGAAGAGUUCCUGUUUGUGUCCUUGCACAAUGUUCACCUUUCUUUCUUCCAUUGUAAAUGGAUGUGUACUAUGGCAGUAUUAUAUAAGACUUAUGUUAACAAAGUAUUUAUGGUAACUAGGGACCAUAUGUGAAUGGCACAAUUGCAUAAGACAUAUUUAAGGUAAUCUGUGUGUUGUAUGUGGCCAAUGACUCCUGUUUGUGACCAAUCUGAUUAUUUGAUUAAGCCAGCUGUAAGGGAACGUUUCCCAGGGGGCACUUUAACAGAAUCAUACCAUCUCGACAAAGAUAUUUAAUAAAGUCUAUUGAAGUGAAAA